GAAACAAAACGGCAAAAGAACUUCUAAAUCUAAAGUCAAAAUCAAAAGUAAUAUUAUUCUUAAGUUAUAUUAAAUGAAUAGGUUUUUAGGAUGUUGUGGAAUUAAGUAAGCGAUGAUUUGGUACAGGAGUGACUCGGUAAGCAGUACUUCUCUGCUCAGCUACGUAUUCCUCACCGGGAGUGUUUGCGGCUGAUGGAGCUCCGGGAGGAGACAGGAGGAGCAGAGAGAGCGGAGCAGCAUGAGGAGGUGCUGAAGGCGGAGCGGACAGAGGGAGCUGAAGGACGGGAGGAGGAGGAGGAUGAAGAAGCUCUGCCUCACUCAGAGAUUCUGGACAUUUUUGAGGAAGGACUUGCUCGUCUUGUGCAGGACCCCUUACUCUGUGAUCUCCCCAUCCAGGUAACUCUGGAGGAGGUCAAUUCACAAAUAGCUUUGGAGUAUGGGCAGGCAAUGACCGUGAGGGUUUUAAAAGCAGACGGUGAAAUCAUGCCCAUCGUGGUGGUGCAAAAUGCCACUGUGCUGGAUUUGAAAAAUGCCAUUCGCAGGUUCAUGGAGCUCAAACAGCAACGGGAAGGAGGAAUUAAACACAUUAGCUGGAGAUAUGUUUGGAGAACUUAUAAUUUGCUAUUUCAUGGAGAAAAGCUUGACGAUGACAAGAUGAGGUUGAAAGACUAUGGCAUUAGGAACAGAGAUGAAGUGACAUUCAUGAAGAGACUCCGGAAAAGGUGACAACAGUUGUUAAAGUCAGAACACAAUCGGGGUGGUUGUGUCACAUAUUUUGGAAAACGGUCAGCACCACAGCAUCAACAUCAGAGACUGGACAGCUUUCUGUUCACAUUUUUAAUUCAUGCUUAAAUUCUUGUUUGUUUGUUUGUUUUUUCCUUCCUUCAUUUUUGGAUCCAGUAGUGUUAAUAUGCCUGUUUGUUAAAGCUACAUGUAAAUAAAACAUUUCAUUUUGGACUACUAAA